AUGGGUGCAGGGGGUUGGUUGCCUUGUCAAGCAGAAAAACUUAUAACCACACCUGGGUUGAAUCUGACUCCGCAUGGAACGCCGGAGGUAAAUCUGCAAGCUGACUGCGACGGCUUCUUCUGUGAUCCUGCAAUGGCUUCCUCUUUGGGAGUCCCUCGAUCUUGCCAGGUUCGCCUACUGCAGGACAACAAGGACGGCACCUGGCAGGUUCGCGUGAUAAAGACCGGCCACGAGACAGCGGUGCAGUCAAGCUACUUACUCCGACAGGAUACCCGCGAGCACGCCACCCCUGGAUCGGUGUAUGCUUUUCGGCGCAAGGAUUGGGGCUUCGAGGUUUUUGAGUUCGAAGUCUUUGGGGGAAGUAUGAAGAAAUCCUCUUCAGCUUCUUGGAUGCCGCUGUGGACCGCGCAGGGUCCACUCGACCUGAACGCGAUCGACGGCUUAGAUGAGGUGGAAGAUGACACCCAUCAGGCUGUAUUCGUUCAGGAGGAGCCCGAGCUGGAAGGUGAUGAUGAGGAUGAGGAAGCUUUUCAGAUUCCAGGCAAACGUCCUCAGGGCAGUGUGGAGGAUGCGAGAAGCAAAUUGAGGGAGAGACUCGAUGAGCGCGAAGGCAAAAUCGAGUCAAAGAUUCGAAAGCUGCGGGAAGAGAUCCGCAAACUUGAGUUGGAGAGAGCUUCCCAGUCACAGGAACACUUGACACAGUUGAAAGCACUGCAUGGAACAGUGCGAAGACUAGAAGGAGAGAAAGCUGAGGUUCGCUCAAAGAACAUCUCCCUUGCAAGCAAGUCGCGGAUUUGCUAG